AAGAUAGGUGGCGGAGGAACGUAUGCAAGCAUCGGCGCAAGAAUCUGGCUACCUCCAGACAAGAUUGGCAUGAUCAUCGACCGCGGGGGAGACUUCCCUCCAGAAGUGCAGUCCAAGUUAGAUGCAUUCGGGAAGGACAUGUGGUUAUAUAGAGACGACUCGGAACGCGUGACCACUCGCGCAGUUAAUAUUUAUCGUGGAGACAGUAGAGGCUUUAACUAUAUCACUCCGAGGAGAAGGUUAACUCCAUCUGAUCUUCGAGACACGCAUCUUGACCAGCCUGCCACACUGCACUUCAUAUGCUCGCCCACUCGUGCACACGCGAUCAUCUCGGAGGUGCUCGCCGUUCCCAGCUGGAAGCCUGUGACGAUCUACGAACCGAUUCCAGAUAGAUGUGUUCCCGAGGAACUCCCUGCACUCCUGAUUGUGCUUCCUCACAUUGAUAUACUCAGUCCCAAUUCAGAAGAAGCUUUGUCUAUUCUAUCAAUGCAACAGCCUCCGACAAAAGAGAAUAUCGAGGAGGCCUGCGAUCGGUUCCUUCGGUUCGGUGUGGGGCCCGAUGGGAAUGGAUGUGUUAUUAUCCGAAGUGGUGCUUUAGGUGCCUACGCUGCAAGCCGUGAGCAUCCUGGGCGCUGGAUCGAUGCAUAUUGGUCGAAAGCCAAUAGCGAAAGAGUCGUCGAUGUAACAGGCGCAGGAAAUAGUUUUUUGGGCGGAUUAUCCGCCGGUCUCCUUCUUUCUGGUGGCGAUGUUUUCGAAGCAAUCUUUCAUGCGAGUAUUUCGGCCUCAUUCACGGUCGAGCAGCUCGGGCUACCAAAGCUUACGCACAAUACAGAUGGGACGGAAUUGUGGAAUGGUGACGGCCCGUUUCGAAGGCUAGAAGUUCUGCGAAGCAGACGUUUGCAAUGA